AUGAGGGUAAAGAAAAAGCCAAAAGAUAAUCUUGUUUAUACAGUCAUUGGAAGCCCAAGAGCUUUGUGUCGUGGAUCCGCCGCAUCAGUUGGUUUCGGAUUUCUUUGGUCCAAGAAUUUGAUGCGGCAAGGAGUUAGCAUUGGGAUUCGGAGUUCAACCAAUGAAUGCGUCUGCAAGGUUGAUAUUAAGCCUUGGUUAUUUACUCCAAGAAAAGGGUUCAGAAGUUCAGAGGCCAAUUCCACUGCAAUUGACAUAUAUUGGGAUUUUUCAUCCGCAAAAUUUGGUUUUGGCCCGGAACCGCUAGAGGGGUUCUAUUUAGCUGUUGCAUUUAACCAAGAACUUGUCCUGCUCCUCGGGGAUUUGCAAAAGGAAGUGUAUAAGAAAAUAGGUCCUAGCCCUGUUGCAUCUAAUACGGUGUUUAUUGCCAAAAGAGAGCACAUCUUUGGGAAGCGAGUAUACACUACAAAGGCUCAAUUCUGUGACCACGGGCCGAUACAUGACAUCGAAAUUGAGUGCGAUACUGGGGGGAUUAACGAUCCAUCUCUGGCCAUCAGCGUGGAUAGCAGAGCGGUGUUGCAGGUGAAGCGGCUGCGGUGGAAGUUCAGGGGGAACCAGACUAUUUUGGUGGAUGGACUGCCGGUGGAAGUGUACUGGGAUGUUCACAGUUGGUUCUUAGGGAAUGUUAUGGGCAAUGCUGUUUUCCUGUUUCAAACCUGUCUCUCGGCCGAGAUGCUGCGAAACAGAGGGUUUUCUUAUUCUUUUUCCCCAAAGCAGUAG